AUGUCAUCUUGGAAUAUCACCAAGAAGCUGAAAGAGACGCAUCUUGGUCCUCUCACAUCUACCUUUUCUCGCACCCCCUCUUCACAAACCCUCAGAGAAUCUUCCAAAGAUGAGAAAUCAAGUAUACCACCGUCACCAUCGGCCAACGAUAAUGGUAUAGCUGCCUCUGAAGCCAUGGCCACCCAACCACAAUCUGCUCCUCGACCAGGUAUUCUUAUCGUUACUCUUCACGAAGGAAAUGGAUUCUCCCUUCCAGAUCAAUAUAAACAAGUCUUCAGCAAUCAUACUCAGAAUUCAUUAUCUGCGGGAAAUGGCUUUGGAGUCGCUGGUUCAGUUUUCGUCAAUGCAGUUGCAGGUUCUCCUGAAAACCCUCUAUGGGCUGGAGAUAACACUCAAUAUAAGUUUGAUGUUUCAAGAGUUACUGAAUUAGCAGUUCAUUUAUAUCUUCGAAACCCGAAUGCGCCUCCAGGAUCUGGUCGAAGUCAAGAUAUUUUCCUUGGUGUUACGCGCAUCAACCCACGAUUCGAAGAGAAGCAUAAAUAUGUCGAAGAUCCUAAAUUGGGAAAGAAAGACAAGGAAAAAGCUGCGGCAGAAUUCCAAAGAAGGGAGAGUACAUUGGGACAAGUUGGACCAGAAUGGUUAGAUGUUCAAUACGGUACAGGAAAGAUUCGAAUUGGUGUUGAAUACGUUGAGAAUAGAACAAGAGCGUUGAAGAUUGAUGAUUUCGACUUAUUGAAAGUGACCAUUCGAAAGGCUCACAUCAUUUCACGAUCAGAAGUUGCACAUACAUUGGCAGAACGAUCCGUCCUCUCUCAAAUCAACAAUCCCUUCAUCGUACCUCUCAAGUUUACAUUUCAAUCACCAGACAAGUUAUAUUUCGUCUUGGCAUUUGUCAAUGGUGGUGAACUUUUCCAUCAUCUUCAAAAGGAGUCUCGCUUCGAUAUCAAUCGUUCAAGAUUUUAUACGGCCGAGCUACUUUGUGCUUUAGAAUGUUUACAUGGAUUUAACGUCAUUUAUCGUGACUUGAAACCAGAGAACAUUCUAUUGGAUUACUCGGGUCACAUUGCACUCUGUGAUUUCGGUUUGUGUAAACUUGAUAUGAAGGAUGAGGAUCGUACCAACACCUUCUGUGGAACUCCCGAAUACUUGGCACCGGAAUUGUUGUUGGGUCAAGGUUACACUAAGACGGUUGAUUGGUGGACUCUUGGUGUUUUGCUCUAUGAGAUGUUGACUGGUUUACCUCCUUUCUACGAUGAAAACACUAAUGAGAUGUAUCGAAAGAUUUUGAGCGAGCCAUUGAACUUUCCAGGUCCUGAAAUUGUUCCACCUGCUGCUAAGGAUCUUUUGCAAAAACUUCUUAACAGAAAACCAGAUCAAAGAUUGGGUGCAAAUGAUGCAUCAGAAAUUAAGGCACAUCCCUUCUUUCACAGCAUUGAUUGGCGUAAAUUACUUCAAAGAAAGUAUGAGCCUACUUUCAAGCCUAAUGUGACGGAUGCUCUUGAUACUACCAACUUUGAUGUAGAAUUUACAUCUCAAGCACCAGCUGAUUCAUUGGUUGACGGUGGACAACUAUCAUCAACCAUGCAAGAACAAUUUACCGGAUGGUCUUAUAAUAGACCAGUUGCAGGAUUAGGUGAUGGUGGUGGAAGUAUUAAAGAUCCAAGUUUCGUAGGGAGUGUACAGGACAGAUAG